CAGUCUUUUGUUAAUAGGAAGUUAGGAACUACCGUGUGUCUAGCUACUGAAGCAAACAUCUGAGGCCCAGAAAUGACUAUCCUUCUUCUCCAUGUCCCUCCUCCGACGACUAUCGGCUUCUCCUGCUCAUCUUCUCCCCGCUCCACCACACAAACUCUCAAUCUCACGCGGCGCGUUCGUUGCCACAUCUCUAAUUCCACAGAGGUGGUUCCGAUUCUGAAUAUCUCUCUGCAUACAAGUGUUCCAAUUCUGAAUAUCUCUCAGGUUGAAGGUUCUUCUAAAUCGGAGUACAAGCCGGGAGUUCUCGACGAUUUCUUCAUGCAAUCGUUCCGGAACAAACUGGUGGAGGAAGUCGGGUCGGAUUCAGACAAACCCGGUUACGUUGGGCUUAUUGAGUUGGUAAAGCUUCUCUUGUUGAAAAGUCGCAGUAGGUCCGAGAGCAAUGACGCAGCGGUGAGGAUACUAAAGUCGUUGUUUCCUCCGCUCAUAUUAGAGCUCUACAAGCUUCUCAUUGCUCCUUUAGCUCAAGGGAAGAUAGCUGCUUUGAUGGUUGCAAGAGUUACUGUUCUUACCUGUCAAUGGCUCAUGGGACCUUGCAAAGUAAACACCAUUGAGCUUCCAAAUGGAGAAUCUUGGGAGAGUGGGGUUUUUGUGGAGAAAUGUCAGUAUCUGGAAGAGAGCAAAUGUGUGGGUGUAUGCAUCAAUACUUGUAAACUACCAACUCAGACAUUCUUUAAAGACUACAUGGGAGUUCCUCUGCUGAUGGAACCAGACUUCAAAGAUUAUAGUUGCCAGUUUAAAUUUGGGGUAGCUCCGCCGGAGGAUGAUGGCAGUGUUAAUGAGCCGUGUUUUGAGAAAUGCUCUAUCGCCAGUCGCCGGAAAUUAAAUUCUGGAGAGUGUCCUAUGGCGUAAAUCUUCGUUUUUUUUUAUUGGAAAUUAAUAUGUAAAUGCACCGACUUUAUAUUGUUGUGGUAUAGAUGUCCAACCAUCUCCGAUUUGAUCACAGAUAUUUACGAAAUAUAAAAAAUAUAUAAUAUCGAUUUUAAGUUUGUGCUAAA